CGCCAACCAUCCCCAAGGACCGCAACCCUCAUACUCCCAACUUUUCUCAAUCUUCCUCAAUCCUCCACGACCCUCUCCUCUCAAGCAAAGCGUAAAAGAGCAUUAUCCAAAACCAAAAACCAUAGCAACUGAAAUCAGUAUUCUAUCCCGUCGUCUCUCACUCCGACUUAGAAUCUUCUUCCUUAUUUUAUCUCCUUCUUCUUCUUCGCCACAAAAAUGGCGGCAUUGGAAGCAGCUCUCGCUCUUCCCUCACUCUUCUCUUCGUCUGGUUCAAAAUCCUUCCUCUCUCUCAAUCCGCCACUCUAUUCUAUGAAGCUUCAGGUUUCCAAUUCCUUUAAUGCCCUUUCUCUCAAAUUCCCUCUCUCUCCUCUCCCCUGCCCACCAAGAAAAUUCUGCAUUUGCUCCACUGCACAGGAGGUAACUGUAGAGGCAGAGCCAGAACAUACCCAAGAUCCGCUUCUGAAGAGAAAGAUAUAUGUGGCCAAUUUUUCAUGGACUUUCGCUGCUGCUGAUUUUAAGACCCUUUUUGGGCAGUGUGGGACUGUCACAGAUGUUGAGAUUAUAAGGGAAAAAGAUGGUAAGCAUAAGGGCUAUGCAUUUCUUACAAUGGCUUCAGAGGAGGAAGCCCAGGCUGCUAUUGAAAAAUUUAACUCUCAAGAAGUGUCAGGGAGGACAUUUAAGGUGGCGUAUGCAAAAAGGUUAAAUAAACCUUAUCCUCCAUCUACUCAGGCUUCCCCCGCCAGAGAGACACGGCACAAGCUUUAUGUCUCAAAUCUUGCUUGGAAAGUGAGAGCUAGUCAUCUCAGAGAAUUUUUCUCCACCGAUUUCAAUCCAGUUUCUGCCAGGGUUGUGUUUGAUGGCCCUUCAGGUAAAUCUGCUGGAUAUGCGUUUGUCUCGUUUGCCACAAAGGAAGAAGCAGAGGCUGCAAUUGCUGCUUUGCAUGAGAAGGAAUUGAUGGGUCGGCCAGUUCGUUUGAAAUUCAGUGAAAGAAGUGUUGUUGUGCCUGAAAGCAAGAAGGAAGAGGAGGAAGAAGAAGAAGAAGAGGAGGAGGAGGAGGAAGAAGAAGAGACCCCACCUGAAAAUUCUUAGAUAUUAUCUCAUUCCUUGGCCAUACUGAUGAAACAUUGAAAGCAUUUCUAUGGUCUGUAGAUUUUGAUUUUUUCUUCCAUGUUUUGUCUACCAAUCCUUGCUUAAUUUCUUUUGUAUAACCUGUACCAUAUAACAGCCUGAUAAUGUUAGUAUAUUCUUUCUUUGUUUCCUUUGUCAAGUAAUUUCGUUACUCAAGUAUUAAAGCUUGGACGGAUUCA